AUGGGACUCAAAGAAAGCACGGACACCGACAAAAGUGGCACAAUAACCCUUGAGGAGCUAAAGCAAGGGCUUGCCAAGCAAGGCACAAAGCCAUCUGAAACAGAAGUCAAACUCAUGGAAGCUGUACAUACGAUAGAAGAGCUUGAGCAAGCGCUCAGAGACUUUGGCAUGGGUGGUGACAAGGACAUUAAAGAAAUCAUCUCUGAAGUUGAUGCUAAUAAUGAUGGCCGGAUCAAUUGUGAUGAAUUUGCAGCCAUGAUGAAAAAAGGUAACCCAGAAAUAGUAGCAAACACCAAGUAA